CAACUAAAUAGUAAAAGAUGGAAUCUAAUGUUGAAAGAAAAUUCAUUGUGAGAACAAUGGAUGGAAAGUCUGUAGAAUUCACAACAAGUCAUAAUAUUUCAGUCCCAGAUUUGAAGAAAUUGAUCGAAGAGAAAAUGGAUGUUCCAACCCAUAGACAACGGCUCAUUUACAAAUCUAAGCUUUUGAAGGAUGACCAAACCCUUGAUGAACAUAUCAAGAAAGAUAAUGAAGUUCUCCAUAUGAUGGCAAUGUCAGAAACUCAAGCAAGAGAUAGAGCCCAAGCUCAAGAAAGGAGAAACACAGCAGAAAAUCAAAAUAAUCAGCAGCAACAACAGCAAAUGCAAAACAAUCCUUUCGGUAUGAUCAAUGCCGCAUUUGGAAAUAUUUUUGGAGGUGGAAAUCAGCCAGCAGGAGCAGGAGGACAGCUCCCCCAGAUGAAUUUCCAGCAGCUAGAUUUAAGUCAACUUUUAGGUGGGCUGAGACCUCCUCAGCAAAAUCAGCCAGCUGCUCAAAGUAAUGCAAGAGCUCAGUCAAAUCCACCUGUUGCGCAACCUCAAACACGUGUUAGUCAGACUUCUUCAAAUGCUCCAGCUUCUUCUAAUGCUCCUACAGCAUCAACCCAGCCAUCAUCUACUCAUAACGUUAGAGUUACUAGUAGAGGAAGAGCAACUUCUAGGAGUGCUGAAGAGACUAAAGAAGGAAGAUCAGUAAGUGGUGCUAGAACGACAGAGAUCUCAUUACCCCACGAGCAUGUGUAUAACAUGAAUAUGAUCUGUAAUGAGUUGAUGGGUCCUGGGUCUGCGUUCCCAGGCCCUCCUCUUCCUCCAACAGGAAUCCCAAGAACUCCGGCAGUGAUACUCGGUAGUUAUCUAGUCUCUUUACAAUUCGCAAUGCAAAGACUCAAUACCUUUAUUUGGAGAGCAGGAGAACUUCUUCAAAGAGAAAGAAAUUUAGCAAAUCCUGAAGAAAGAGCAGAAGCCCAAUUAAUGAUUAACCAAACUGGAAGAGCAAUGGAAGAACUUUCUAGAGCAUUGCUUUUAUCUUCACACUAUUACAGAGAUUUAUCUUUAAGUGAAAUUCCAGGACAUUAUAGAGUGAAUAAUCAUCCAAGCCAAGAUUUUGUAGAAAUGAAUAGAAACUUUAAUGAGUCCAGCUUUAGAAGGAGGAAUGGUGCACCAGUUGUUACUUCAGCACAAGCACCUCCUACUUCUACUCAAAAUGCAGCUUCUUCCACCGCAAGUAGUUCUCAGGUAAACACUACCUCCUCAGCUUCUGCUAGCUCUCAACAAACUACAGCUACAGGAAGGUCACAAGUGACAGGAUCAGCUAGAACUCCAGCUAAUACGACUUCUUCAACUCGUGUUGAAGCAAGUGCACUUUCUUCUACAAGAGCUCAAGCAAGCAAUGCUUCUAGUUCUUCUCAGACUACUUCUUCUAGACCAAGUGCAGCUCACACAAAUGCUCGAGUUAAUGUUCCAAAUAUUGGAGCUCUUUUCGGAGCUGGUGCUCAGCCAGGACAGCCAGGGCAACCAGGAGGAAACCCAUUCGGAGGAUUAUUGCAAAACUUGAUGUCUCCAGAUGGAAUGAAUAAUAUGAUGAGAAUGGCAGGAAAUUUGACUCAGCAAUUCCAACAAAAUGCUUCUAAUGCUCAGCAGAAUCAACCCCAGCCACCUUCACAAGUUCCAAGAUCGAAUCCUUCUGCUCAGCCUCAAGCUCCACAAAGAGAUGCUCCAGCAUCAGAGGAAGAAAAUAAAGCCCAGAAUAGACAACAAGUUUUGAAUAACAGAAUGAUGAAUGUAAUGAACCAAUUCUCGAACCUUCCAAAUAACCCAUUCGGUGAAGAAUUCUCAAAUACUCUCACUAAUCUGAUGGGACAAGCAACAGGAGGAGCUGAUAUCUUUAACAUGACUAUUAGACAGAUAAGUGAGCAAGAAGGCUCACAAGAACUGCCUACAAAUAUCUUUACUAUUAUAAUUCUUGACUGAACCUUGCAAGAUAUCCUUGCUAUUUUCUCUGGAAAUUACGAAAUAGUGAAGAAUCUUCACCCAAAAAUGAAAGAAGUGCUUCUCAAUAAUUAUAUGAAUAAUGAGGAUACUCCUGAGUCUAGGGAUCAAGCAGUUACAAAGAUAAACUCCGAGCUAAGUGGAUUCUUCGAGACACCUGAAUCAAUGAGGCAAGACAUUGUUGCAGGAAAGGAUCCUAAGAAAACCAUUAUGGAGACAAGCAAGAAACAUAUCCGCAAACUUAUCAAUAUCAUUCUAGAUAUAGAAGACACUGAGGAGAAUUCGGCUACUUUCAUGAAAAGGUUUACCAAAGCAGCUAGGUGGUGGACAGGAGAGAUCAUAGAUAAUCUCAAACCAUGCUUUAAAAUGGGUCUUCCAGACGUCCUUAGAUACUUUAGAGGUAAUAUUGAACAAAAGAUUAGUUCCCUAGAGGGUUCAAACAUUCCAUUCGUAAUUGGUCUAAUGACCGACGGCUUAAUGAACUUCUUAACCUCAGCUUAUGGUAAUUACACUAAAGACAAAGAAAGAGAAGAUAGAGCUGAGGCAAGAGAGCAAGGAAUUACACUUGAAGAACUUUAUGCUAGAAGAAGAACUCCAACAGAGUCAGCUAAAGAAGAAGAACCAUCUAAAGAAGAAGAGCCAGCUCCAAAAGAGGAAACUAAAGAAACUACCCCUCAAUCACAGAAAGAAGAGGAGAAAAAGAGUAGUGAAGAACCAAUUAUUCAAGAAGAACCUGUAACUUCUAAAACUGUGACAAGAAAAUUAGCAAGUUCAUCACAUGCUACUCCAUUGCAGACUAGUCAGGCCUCUCAGGAAGAGCAAAAAGAACCAGAAGAAAAAGACCCUGAGAUUAAAGAUUUGCUAGAGAAAAUGGAAGAAUACCUAAUAGGUAAUCCUCCACCGAUAAGACCUCUGAGCAGAGCAUACCAAGCCCUUGAUGCCUUUAAUGAUCGGAACAUUGAUACUUCAAACCCGGUGACUAAAAGAGGGGAAUUGAAGCAGAACGCUAAGAAUGAUGCUGAGUCAAUCUUAAGGACAGCUCUUAAAAACUGUGGGUUCAAGUCUUCAACUAUUGAAGCUAACUUAAAAGACGUAGAGAUUCCUGAAGAUCUAGUAAACAAGUACAAAGAAGUUGUUAAGGAAGAAAUUCAGGCAAGAAAAGCAGAUACUGAGUGUAAUUACCACAAAGAUUCCUAAGCAGGAGACAUAAUUUGAUGAAAAAUGGUAUUUAAUUCCUAUUUUUCUUUUAAAUGAUCAGUGAAAUAAUCCUUCA